AACAAAUUCAAACCCGUCUCAACCCUUCGACCUCUGAAUCUAGACAUACAUUCAUGUGUGUACAUGCCCGGGCUGCCAGACGUCAGGUUUGCUAAUAAACACGGUUGCAUCUUUGCAUCGUAAAUAAAUCAUCUAGAUCUCCUUCCAAAUCUAGUCGGGUUGGUGAACUCGGUUUCUAGGGUUUGAUCUACGUUUGCGCAGCUCUCGUCUCUGUCGGAAAACAUAUACUUGGGCAUGAAAAAAAUGGCAGAUUCAUUUGGGAAGUUGGGCAUUUGAGUGGUUAGUGUAUUUAUUAGUAAAACCGCGGCCACCUUAUCCAGUCAACCCCCCUGCCCCCAGGUCAAAUUUUGAGUCUAACGGUCUCAAUAAUCAGUUCACCGCCCCAAACCAUCACCAAAAGGCACAAACAACUUCAUCUGUUGAUGAAAGCUCAUUUUGGACUAGCUGUCCUUUCUGUAGUGUGAGAUAUCAGUAUAGACGAGAGAUAGUGUGUAGAGCUGUUCGCUGCCAGAACUGUGCAAAACCAUUCGUUGCAUAAAUAUGAUAUUGGGUCUCAUAGCAUUUCAACUGGUUUUGGUGCACGUCAACCUAGUCAGCAGACUUACAAGCAAAUAGUGGUUCAAAAUCAAGGAUCUGCUAAACCGACUGCAAAUCCAUCCGCAGUUCCUCAGUAUCCCCACCAACAAGCAGGGACACAAAGAGGGAACGCUUCUCAGGUGUUUAAGGAUUUGAGGAGUAAAGAGAAACUUAAGGUCAAUGAAAGUCCACAAGACUCAAGAGUUGAGAGCAAGAAAAGGGGCAGGAAACAAUGUGCAUCUGAAUCAAGUGAGAGUUGUUAUUCAACAAGUAAUGAUGAGUCAGAAGAUUUUGACAUUGAAGAAAAGGAGAGAAGCCCUUCUGGUGUGCAGAGAGUUGGUGUUAAGCGUGACAAUGUGAGGAGAUCAUUUCGGAGAAGGCAGGAUGUUUCAUACAAUGAAACUGAGGAUGAUGAUUUCCAUUCGAAGCAUUCAAAAUCUGUUCCAUACACAGAAGAUGUAGCGCUUCCUGAAAGCCUGCACAAAGGAAAAACGUACUGAUGCAGAUGAUGCCACUGGCUCAACCUCAAAUGGUUCCCAAAAGGUUGAAGUUAUUAUGGAUUGCGAAUCAGAUUCAGAUCUCAAUAAUGUUGAUGAUUCGGUUGAGACAUAUACAUACCCUGAUCCAGAAUUCCAUGAUUUUGACAAGGACAAGGAAGAGAGUUGCUUCGCAGCUGACCAACUGUGGGCUCGUUAUGACACAGCUGAUGGAAUGCCGAGAUUCUAUGCUCACAUAAAAAAGAUAUAUUUCCCUGAAUUCGCCAUACAGUUCAAUUGGCUUGAGAUACAUCCUCAUGACAAGGUUGUUAAUGAUUGGGCUGAUGCCAAAUUACCAGUUGCAUGCGGAAAGUUCAAGCGUUGUAGAAAAUCUGAAAUUGUUUACCAUCGCAAACUUUUUUAAAGCGAAAAGCGGCCAAAAGCG